AUGACUGGAAAGCUACAAACCACCAUCCCUCCUGCUUCCCUCACCCUCUCAUUCAACACGACCAAUCACACGCAUUCUGGAGGGCACAACAUCAAAAAGUUCAUGAAUGAAUUACGCCAAGCACACUUACCAUCCAUGGAGGUUGGUGCUGUGUGCUUUGUGACUUUGUGCACUGUCCUGGCCUGCAGUCUGUGUGUGUGGAAAAAGUGCAUCAAAAAGAAAAACAAAGACAAAGACAAAGACAAGAAGACAGGCAAAGAGAAGGGCAACAGUGGCUGUGACACGGAAAUGAUGUCCAGUUUUAAAGAGAAAACAAAAGACGACUGCAGUAAGGAAGCCGAGCUGUCUGAUGAGGAGCCUAAAGAGGAGGAGAAGCUGGGUCGCCUGCAGUUUUCCCUCGACUACAACUUCACAGACAACACUCUGGUGGUAGGCAUCAUACAAGCAGCAGAGCUCCCUGCUAUGGAUGUGGGAGGCAGUUCUGAUCCCUAUGUCAAAGUCUACCUCCUGCCAAACAAGAAGAAAAAGUUUGAAACCAAAGUUCAUCGCAAAACUCUAGAGCCCACUUUCAAUGAGACAUUCACAUUCAAGGUCCCUUACAGUGAGCUGGGAGGAAAGACCCUGGUGAUGACCGUAUAUGAUUUUGACCGCUUCUCCAAACAUGACGCCAUCGGAGAUAUCAAGAUCCCCAUGAGCAGCAUCGACUUCAGCCAGUCCCUACAGGAGUGGAGAGACCUGCAGAAGGCAGAGAAGGAGGAGAGUGAGCGGCUAGGGGACAUCUGCUUGUCCUUGAGAUAUGUUCCCACUGCGGGGAAGCUGACCGUGGUGAUUCUGGAAGCCAAAAACCUCAAGAAAAUGGACGUGGGUGGAUUAUCAGACCCCUAUGUGAAGCUCCACUUAAUGCAAAAUGGGAAGAGACUCAAGAAAAAGAAAACGACAAUAAAGAAGAACACUUUGAAUCCGUACUACAACGAGUCUUUCAGUUUUGAGGUGGCAGGUGAUCUCAUAGAGAAAGUGCAGGUCGCCAUAACUGUGCUGGACUAUGACAAGAUUGGGAAAAACGAUGCCAUUGGGAAAAUAUUGCUUGGAGGUACCAGCACAGGAACAGAACAGCGUCACUGGUUGGAUAUGCUGGCCAAUCCGCGGCGGCCUAUUGCCCAGUGGCAUAGUCUGAAACCUGAGGAGGACAUAAACGCGCUAAUUUCUAACAAGAAAUAA